AUGGAAGAACUGCUAGGUAUAGUCCAACAAAUUAAAUGUCUUACAGACAUAGAAUUAAAAGAAAUCAAUGAUUUAUUGAACAAGAACUUUAUUAGAACUCCAAAUUGUUUGAAAUCUGAAAGUGCUGAAAGUUUGGCUGAAAUUGGAAUUAAUAUUAGGGUUGCAAGAAUAAUCAUUGAUUGUUCCACAGCUCAUGCUUUACCAAAACAAGAUGUAGAACCAAAGGUCAAGAACAAAGAUGACAAGUUUAUCGAAAAAUUAGAGGCUUUGGUUGAAGACGAAGUGCAUUUUAAGGUUCAGUUUGAAUUACAAAAUCCCUUUGAAGUUUAUGAUCCCAUAUCAAAGACCAAUAUUAAGUUAGGUUCUCCGUAUAAGUUGUCUAAUGUGAAAUCCAAAUUAAAAAAUUAUAAGAAAUCAUCAGAAAAACAGAAAGUAUUUGAAAGAACGCAUUCUUUAAUUAGAAACUAUUUGGUGGACACUUAUGAGGAUUCCGCACCAUUUACAAUUACAAGAGAAUUGGUGGAAAAAGCUGAACAACAUGAAUCUGAAAAGAAAAAAAGAAAGAAGGAAGAACAAUUACAACAAGAAAAAGAAAAACGACAAAAAGGUACGAGUGAUUAA